AAAUAAAUUUUUAAAAUAUCUAUGUAAGACGACCUUAACAUCGCUGAAGGUACGCGGCAUCUGCCAUUGCCGGAUGUCGGAUGUCGAAUGUCUCGAGGACUGCUCUUCUGUUCCGUCCGGUGAAAUUGACCUGCCGGUGGACCGCGGUCGGUCCCAACUGCCUCUCUCCGGAUGCCCACGGCUGAGCACGUGUGCCAACCAACCGAUCAAGCACCACCGACUGCGCCUUCUCCUAUAGUGGAUUCUGGCAUCUCCUUCUCCUAUAGUGGAUUCUGGCAUCUCCUGGCCCUAAAAAUGUUUCAUUGAUCUUCUCCGUAACGAGAUCGUUCAUUUUAUCAUCCAUUUGUGCCUGCCUGCCUACUUGUCACUAUAUAAAUGCAGGCUUCAGGCUGUCGCAGGCAUCAGUCCACCAGGCGAAUCUCAGUUUUUGAAUUCCAGUGAUCGAGCGAGCGAAUCCUCUUUCCUUUUGUCAGGAGUGGUGGCGUCCGGCGAUGUCGGCGGGUGGCAGGAAGACGGCGUGCGUGACCGGAGGGAACGGGUACAUCGCCUCCGCGCUUAUCAAGAUGCUGCUGGAGAAGGGGUACGCCGUGAAGACGACGGUCAGGAACCCCGGUGACAUGGAGAAGAACUCCCACCUCAAGGAGUUGCAGGCACUUGGCCCCCUGGAGGUCCUCCGCGCCGACCUGGACGAAGAAGGCAGCUUCGACGAUGCCGUUGCCGACUGCGAUUACGCCUUCCUCGUCGCCGCUCCUGUGAACCUGCAUUCAAAGAAUCCUGAGAAAGAGCUGAUCGAGCCUGCCAUCCGAGGAACUCUGAACGUCAUGAGGUCGUGCGCGAAAGCGGGGACGGUGAAGCGCGUGAUCCUGACCUCGUCGGCGGCCGCAGUCUCCAGCAGGCCGCUGCAAGGCGACGGCCACGUCCUGGACGAGUCCUCCUGGUCCGACGUCGAGUACCUCACGGCCAGGAAAUCUGGCCCCUGGGGGUACCCGGUCUCCAAGGUGCUUUUAGAGAGGGAGGCGUGCAGGUUCGCGCAGGAGCACGGCAUCAGCCUGGUCACCGUGUGCCCCGUCGUCACCGUGGGCGCGGCGCCGGCCUCAAAUAUCCACACGAGCGUGCCCGUCAGCCUCUCAUUGUUAUCCGGCGACGAGACACAGUUCGGCGUGCUGGAAGGCAUCGAGAUGGCCACCGGGUGCGUGCCGCUGGUUCACGUCGACGACCUCUGCCGCGCCGAGCUGUUCGUCGCCGAGACUGACACGGCCGCGGGAAGGUACAUCUGCGGCAGCCACAACACGACCAUCGUCGAGCUCGCACGUUUCCUGGCUGACAAGUACCCGCAGUACAGCGUGAAAACAAACCUGCUCUCCGGCGAGCUGCUUGAGAAGCCGAGAGUGCGCCUAUCGUCCGCGAAGCUGGUCAGGGAAGGGUUCGAGUUCAAGCACAACACCCUCGAUGAGAUAUAUAACGACAUCAUGGAGUACGGCAAGGCCCUGGGGAUUCUGCCCAGCUGAUAUGCUGAAUUGCUGAUCGCCUCAUUCUCUGCCGUCGAUCGGCGAUCAGGAGUCAUAACACCACACCAUGUGGUUGUAAAAUAAGCUUAUGCUGCUAAUAAGCCGAACCGUAGAGUUCAAUCAGUUUGUAUAAAGAAAUAAUUGCAUAUUUGUCACUUUCCCUUUAUAAAACGGAGUUUUCUA